AUGGACUCUUACGGAUCUUCACUCGAUCGCAGCCAGUCGCUGGCGAGCGGCCUGGAGAAGACCUCGCCCACGUGGAACAAGCCCACCCACUCCCGCAGCAGCAGCACGCUGUCAUCUCGUCACUCCAGACAGGUGAUCAAAGACUGGGAGGUCGUAGAAGAUCUUCAGGUAGAAAUGCACACCGGAGGAGAAGUUCCUCAGGAGAUGACCACUCCAGGAAUCUGUGAGGGAUAUCUGCUCAAGAGGAGAAAGUGGCCGCUGAAGGGUUGGCACAAGCGAUACUUUAUCUUGGAAGCAGGAGUCUUACGCUACUCCAAAAACCAACAAGAUGUCUGCAGAGGAAGAGUCCAGGGCUCGCUGGACGUCAGCCUCGCCGUGAUGUCAAUAAACAAGAAAUCCAACCGGAUUGACUUGGAUGCAGGAGACAUUCUCUAUCAUAUGAAGGCAAAGAGCCAUGAACUCUUCUACAUCUGGGUGACGAAGCUACAAGCUCACCGCCUGUUUAAGAAGAAUGAGGUGGCUCAUGUUCAGACCGGCUUCCUGCAGUCUUUGUCUAACACUACUGCGUCUGGACCGGCUCAGAGAAAUGGAGAUUUGGGCCCCACGGGGAUGGCAGGUUCAGCCGGAGCUUCAGGAGUGCUGCCCUCAGCCAACACUGCUGCGAACACUAAAGUGUCUGCCUGGCUGCAGCAAAGCCACGGCCAGGAUACCUGUGUUCAAGAGUUGAACCGUUGUCAUUUGGACCUUUCCGAGCUGAACCGCUUAAUCCAGAGGCUGCAGGUGCUGGAGGUCGGCCAGGCUUUCACUAAUGGAGAACUGCAGCGCAUCAUCAGCAUACAGAAUCUGUCACUUGAGAAGCCGAAGAAGUCGAAGUCGGGGAAGAUGUGGGGUCACUCUCGCACACUGUCCCGAGUGGAGGCUCUGGGAAUGCCUAUUCGUGGGAUUACUAAAUCGCUGUCCUCCAGUCACCUGAGCAGCUCGGCCCACCUCGGAGCGUCGGUCCCCUCCAUCCCCGACUACGUCUACUCCCAGCUGUCCCCUCCCACCGUCUUAUCGCCCGAAGGCAAGAAGAUCCAGCAGGACAUCUGCGCCAUGUCACUACGAGUGCUUUCUUCCCUGAAGUCGGUGCAUGAGACUCUGUCCCAGGAGAGGCAGAAGCUGCAGGAAGUCUGGGAAUCCAACAACAUCCACCAGUCCAACACAUUAGCUGUGCCUGCAGCAGGGAGGAAUUCAGCCCACGGGCCUCCUUCAGUUGCAGAUUCAGCUGCCGAGUACUUUGACGCCAGCGAUGACAUCCUCUGUGGCAGCUCCUCUGAGGUGUCUGACGAAUCGGGACUCAGCGACGGGAGCACCACCAACUCUGAACCAGAGGAGGGACAUGUAUCAGCCACCCGGAAGUACCGCGCAAGCAUUUCCAAGACUCCCAACUGUGUCGCUCCCCAGAGCACCGGACGGAGAACAAAGCUGCCGGCUAGCUGUCCCGACAACAGCCACGUGGGCCUCAUGGCUAUCCUCUACAACAACAUAGGUAAAGACUUGGCUCGGGUGUCGAUGCCAGCGGCUCUCAAUGAGCCCGUUAACCUGCUGCAGCGGCUGUGUGAGGAGCUGGAGUACAGCGACCUGCUGGACACCGCCAACAACACACCGGACCCCUACCAGAGGAUGGUUUACAUUGCUGCCUUUGCUAUCUCUGGUUAUUCCACUGCGACGUUCAGAAACCGCUACAAGCCCUUUAACCCAGUGCUGGGGGAAACCUACGAGUGCAUCAGAGAGGACCGAGGUUUCCGCCUCAUCAGUGAGCAGGUCUGCCACCAUCCACCCAUCUCCGCCUGCCAUGCAGACUCAGACAACUUCUCCUUUUGGCAAGACCAGCGAUGGAAAAACAAAUUCUGGGGGAAGUCGCUGGAAAUCGUGCCAACAGGGAUGGUGAACGUGACUCUUCCGAGGUAUGGAGACCACUACGAGUGGAACAAAGUAGUGACCUGCAUCCACAACGUGCUCAGCCAGCAGCGAUACCUGGAGCAUUACGGAGAGGUCACCAUCCAAAACCUCAAAAACAACGUGUGCACCUGCAAGAUCACCUUCGUCAAGUCUCGUUAUUGGGGCUCUGAAACAAACAAGAACGAGGUUCAAGGAACGGUGCUGGACCAAAGCGGGAGCGUCAUCCACCGGUUUGGAGGUCUGUGGCAUGAAGGCAUCUUCUGUGACACUCUGCCGACUCCGAAAUGCAUCUGGAAGCCAAAUCCCCAGCCAAAGGAUUACCUGCUGUACUAUGGCUUCUCCACCUUCGCCAUGGAGCUGAAUGAGCUCGCCUCAGACCUGAAGCCUCUCCUGCCUCCCACAGACAGCCGCCUGCGCCCCGACCAGAGACUUCUGGAGGAGGGAAAAGUGGAAGAAGCCGACAUAAAGAAAGAUGAGAUAGAAGAAUAUCAGAGGGAGCGGAGAAAAGAACUCGCCAAAAAGGGGGAAGACCACAUUCCACGUUUUUUCAAGAAAGCCAAAGACUCCUGUGGACGAGACGUGUGGUUGACAAACGGGACGUACUGGAAGCUCAGAGAGAGCCCGGGCUUCGCUAACAUUGAAAAUGUAGCCAUGUGGUGA